ACAAUUUCAAAUGAGUCCCUCUUUACCUGAGUAUGGAUUCAAGGAAACACACCAUCGUAUUGCAACAGCGCCCAAUAUUAUCAUAAAUGCGAGGGUUCCCUUGGAAUCCAUUUCGUCGAGGAUUAAAUAAGGACGAAAUUAAAACCAGGAGUUGAAAAUCAUGGCACGUGUCCAAGCUCCAACUCCAAGCCAGCUGCUGUCGCCACGUAUGCAGUCUUAUUGCGGUUACGCCGGCAGCGUACUCCCCAUGAAUCGCCGGCUGACAAACCGAAAAGUGCCGUAAUGUUAAUGCUUUCACGUGCCUACUAUGUGUGUGUGGAUUUACAUGCGUUUCGUAUUUAAUGGGUGGGGCAUGGAGCUUGAUCGUGUGACCUCCAAGGCCACGAUGUAAACACGGGUCAGGGAGCUGGAGCGGAGAGUCAGAGUUAUUUUUAAACAUUGUGAAAUUAAAUAGCUGUGCAGUGCACCAAAUUAUCAGCGAUUUCAAAAAGACGAGAGGAAAAGUCAGACGACCCAGUGAAGAUCUGGAGUAGAAUUUCACGAAUAGCCAUUGUUCACAGCUUCGGAAGGAUUUAGGCUACAAGACUUCUGCCUGUGGCUUUGAAAACCUUACCAAGCCAAGAUGGGAAACACACAGGGUAAUGUCCCCCAAGGGUCGUUGAAUGUCACCACGAUGCAAGGUCCUCAGGGCGCUGUCCAGUCGGGGGCCCACUCUCCUCUACCAGUUGACACCGUGCCCUACAGAGGGCCUAAGCUCGAGUAUUUUAUGAUCAAUAUCUCGGCUAAGAUGAGUGUACAAGCUGGAUUCUUUCAAUCCAUGAUUACAACAAACGUGGACGAGUACUACCCGACUCUGGUCCAACCGUACCAACAUGGCUUCAAGAUGAUUCAGUUUCAGACGAUACCAGGGGUGAGGUCCCAGGCAGGAUGGUUCAGCCAAGCCGUUCCGUUCCAAGCUGUACUCACAAGACCCAUUGGAAUGCCUCCUCCCAAUGAGCAAUGGAAUCUGCAAAUAGUCAAAAGUUUUAUCGAGCUCCAAAUAUUUUAUUCUUUCACAUCAUGGUCCACCAAUGGUCAGACGGCAAACACUACUGAUGUUAUGACAAAGAUCAUGGAUAUGUGUCAGAGAGGGGCCAGGCUUAUCUGUAUUGAAGCAACAGGAAUGCAGCAGAAUCCGUCAUUUUCGUCAGGACUGCGCGGUCAUGCUGGCACCAUUGGAGUGGACCUGCUCUUUCACAUUCCGCAGCACCCCAACCCAACCCCUUACGUUUACCACGGCAUCCAUGUGCCUAUCACCUACACGGUGCAGGCCGGCUUUGGCAUACCCUCCUACCAAUGUAUGACGGAUCUCAGCGCCCAAUUCGGUGCCUUCUUGAACCAAGGAUGGAAGCUAGUGGAGAUCAAUUUGGACUCUUCGCAGAUGCAAAGAACGACUGGAUUUACGACUGGACAGAUCUGUAUGAAUUCUAUGUGGUUCUUUGAGAAGGAAGCUGCAUAUGUGAACGACUCCACACCCAAAUGGCAGGGAACUAUCAUAACAUAUCAACACAAAGUCAAGGCUCAAUUUGGAGGUGUAGCAGCAUCAAGGCAUAACUGGGACCCCAUCCUGGUAGAGAUGGGUCAACGUGGUUGGGAGUUGGCUUGUAUCCUAGAAACGCCAGAAACACGCCAGAGCGGACUCACCUCGGCAACCACGACUGUCCUUUUGUUCUUUCAGAGGCCCAUCAUUCCGAUGUAGAUCUCCGUCUUGUAAGCAUGCGGAACCAUCGGGGCCUGUGACUUUUGGAAAUCCCUGGCUCAUGGCAUGCAUAUAUUCAGUCCGAUUGGGGAUGUCAAGUGUUACUGUUGGUGUUGAGAGCUUGAACAGGGCUGCUGAACCGAUCUCAGACACCUACAUUAGGUUUGGUUCAGCUGAAAAGGGUUGAUGAACUGAUCUCAGACACCUUCAUGUACAUUAGCUUUGCUUCAGACUUAUAGGCCCGUAUUCUCAAAAGAGUUUUCAAUUGUAACAUGGACUGUGCAGAUUUAUUUCUUUAACGUGCUUCGUUUUAAGCGCACUUUGCCGAAAAGGUGCAUUUAAUUGGAUUUAACUUUGUGUACGCGAUGAAAUAGCGUAAUUAUGUUUUAAAAAUCUGCAUAGUCCAUGGUUUUGUACCAUGGUACAAUUGAAACCUCUUUUGACAAUACGGGCCAUAAUGUACCAAGCGCGUCAUCUAUAAGGCAACACCAAGUGAUGACGUCACGCCCGUGCCCUAGCAUCUAAACUUCAUGCAAGAAGAGUUGGUGAUAAAAAGGAAAAUCAGGGAAAUUGUAUAUUCAAAUCUCAUUGUACAAAAUGCGAAGUCUGAAUCCACCUCAUAUUUUUGCUCAUUGAAAUGUAAAAAAAUCAUUUUACCGUAUUGUUUUUAUUCUGUUUGGAAGCUUGAGAUUGUCAUCACCAACAGCAAACUCAUGAUAUGGCAUAUUUUCUAAGGUCAAUCCCAACACCCCUCCUCCCUUUCAAGUAUAGUACUGUGGCUGGUGUUGCCACGACACCACAUUUAGACACUGUACCUGUAAUUGCCCAAUCGAUAAGAAUCAGGGUUUCAAUCUCUGUUCACAGCCAUUCCUAAAGCCUGGGGCACACUACGCAUUUCAUUGCGAUCCGAAUUUCAGAGAAAUUGUAAUAACAUUUGAUAUGAACAUUCCAACUGAUAAAAUCUUAGCGAUCAGAGUUCAGAAUAUUGCUAGGACGACUGAAAUCUAAAUUCAGUCUAGUUUGAGCCUUGA